CUGGCGGGGCACUUAAUGGCAGCGGGUGAGCGGUUGGCGUCGGUCACAGCCUCUGCUGCCUCCAUCUAGUCGCCGCGGUCGGGUCCGCUUGUGUGCGUGUUUGUGCUGUGUGCGCGCGUGUGUGAGCCAUGUCGCAGACGGAGAUUAUGUCCCAGGAGGUCUUCCAACGUGCCGUCAAGAAGGGCGACGCCAGCGAACUGAAGCGGCUGUUGCAGCGCUGGGAGGGCUCGCUCAACGUUAACCUCUACGACCACGAGGGCCAGACGGCGCUUCACAAGAGCGUCAUGGAGGGCAACCUCGAACUCGUCAAGCUGCUCGUCAAGUUCGGCGCCGACACGCGGCUGGCCAACAGGGACGGCUGGUCGGCGAUCCACAUCGCCGCCUACGGUGGGCACCAGGACAUUGCGCUGUAUCUCAUCUCCAAUAGCGGACCCCGUCGGUAGCGUGUGGUGCUGGGACAGUGUGCGCGAUGCUCCUGCGCCGGACCAAUCAAAUCUCAGGAACAGACUACCGACGACGCCUUCUCUCAGCCCGCCGGCGUGCUCGCGCCGUGCGCAAGACCCGGACUCCGGCGCAGGCAAGGUACCAACCACACCGAACCAAAGCAUGCCACGAUGACCCACCUCUGCAUCGUGGCACGUUUUGCAGAGCAAAAGCCUCAUGGCAGUCUGUACAUACUCGAACGUUUUUGUGUAUGGCUACAUUUCCAAAGGCUGUAGCGAACAAGUUCCUCCUUCGUAUUGACUAGUAAUGCCGCUUUAGUUAUGUCACGAAAUAUUGUUGCUUUGUUUCUUUUCUGUUCUUUUUUUUUCUCUCUCUCUCCACGAGACAAUCCUCGUCGCAGGGCAGCAGUAUGCGCAGGCCAAGCGUGCGCGCGACCGCCUCCUCUCCGCUCCAGACCUGUCUAAUCUCAUUCCCAGCAUAGCGAUGCUAUCGGUGGAUCUCCCGUAGGCCCUCCCCUGCUCGUAUUUCGCUCCUCUCGCAGCGCCGGGCCCAUUGUGAGCAGCGCUAGCUGAGAAGCGAAAACCGGACUAGACCGGACGGCGCGAGCAACUCUCCUCCACCGAGAGACGCGCGCGCUGCUCUGCUCACCUCAGGGUCACCUUUUCGCAUCCCGUAAGGUGUCGCGCCUCGCUUGGCUGCUCGCGCUUGGCGCGAAGAAAACAAACCCUGCCCGAUGGAGGCGCCGGCUCCCGGUCAGCACCUUCAUCUACGGUAACCGUGUCAUUAUUCAGCCGAAGUUUUGGCACCCGCCUCGUUGCGAGUAAUCUCUCUCCCGCGAAAAUUUCGGCGCCUUCUAUGCACGUUGAAGAAAUGUGAUCGCCAGGAUCAUUUUCGAAGUCAUUCGAAAAUUUUUCCAGGCCAUUGGUUGUCCAAUGCGCGUACGGUGAAGUUAGUGGUUUCUUGUGGUGUCUGGAUAAUUUGAUGGAUAUCUCGAGCCAUGAGUGACGCCCGCAAGAUGCUUCCAGCAAGCCUGGUUUGCUCUGCAGCCACGGGGGCCGGAAAAGGGCUGCUGAGACCCUCUGAUCAGGGGAAAAAACAACGGGAGUCGUCUUUUCCAUUGUUACGGUCUAUUCGGUAGGUUUGGCUUCUUGAAAACUCCAUGACCACCUGUAGCCCAUCUGGGUAAACUUCUUGAUUUUUUUUUUUUUUUUUUUUGGUAUAUAGUCGAGACUUACUUUUGCAACUGUGUUGUUUCAGGUCAUCCAAUAAUCAAGAAUACAGCAGCCUAUGCUGAUGCUUAAGAGUGAUUCGUCGCAUUUACUAUCCGUAGUCAUUUGUGUCUCUUACACGAUGCCAAAAACGUCGUGGUUUCCGUUUUGCAGGUCUCGCUUACUUUAUUCCUUUAACUUUUUCCGAUGUUACAUACUGCCUCUCUACUCAGUCCAUGGCUGGUCGUUCUUUGCCGAUACCCGUCGCGCGCAGCAAACGAAGUCGUUUGCUGAGCGCUGCGUGUGCUCCCUCGUCUUCCUGUUUCGAGUGCGCUCUCGCGUUACGGAAAGCGUGCAGGUGUUCCUUGAGCUGCUGCACACGCACAUUGGAGCGGCUCUCGUCACAAAGAAAAAAAAAAGAAAACGAGCGAUGAUCCGCCCCACUUCGUCCGAUAGGGAAUAUCGGGAAGGACUCGCGUGAAUGAAAUACCGUUGACGAGAGCGUGCACAAGUGGACCCGCCACCAGUCUCUGUUCUAUGUGUUUGUUUCUUUUUCCUUGGCUCCCGGCUUUUCGGAACGCUCGUUGCAACCAUUCGACGUAGUUACGUACCGGAUACAGCAGUACGGGUCGCGCGACGUUUCGAGCCAGCGCAGCUCGCCGUCCAACAAACGACACGGGACUGCGGGGGUGCCAGCGAAGAAAGGAGCGCCGCGUUUUCCGUAGCGAUGGGAGCCCAGUACGCCACCUCCGCAGGGCUUUUUUUCCGCAACUCCUCAGGACACGGACACAGCCGUGCCACGCCGAUCAUUCCUUCACGCUUUCGUUUUUCUUUCUUUGUUUUUUCCACUCGCACCUUUUAUUAUCGUCAUCUCUUUUGGCUAGGCUGUGUGCGCGGCGGGAAAACGAUUUGGUGCGUCAUUAGCGAGCGCCCACACGGGACCGGCCGGUGCCCGUUUUCUCUUCUUUCUCACGGCCUCUCUCGAUGUCCUCGUUCCGAAGGAAAUGCGCCGCCGCAGCCGCAGCCUGUGCAUGCGUACGUUCUCUGUGUGUGUGUGUGUCUCUCACUCGGGCCGAUUUCCUUCCCUUCGUGCAAUCCAUCGACGCGCGGAAGACUUUAAUGCGAGAUGGCAAUCGUCCAGUGCGCCUUGACGGGCUGUUGCACCGAGGCCUGCCCUUCCUUCCUAUUCUGCCACUCCAAGGACGCCCGUGCUAUUCGCGUGCACAAUGGGUCGUGGCCGCUCCUCGAGCGCAUGCCGCCUCGCUGUCAGGAACUGGGUUCUCAGUAGCGGCCCAGAUGGGAUCGCGGACACGUAGCUCGACCUAUCCAGUCUGUCUCUCUCAAGAGCGGUGAGCCGCCAAGAAGGUGGACUGCUCGGGCUCGGUGUUGGGCUGCCGGCGCAACACCGCAAUCGAGGAUACCGUCCCUGUAUUGUACGCGGCUUAUGUUUCUACUCCACAAUCUCUUACGCCCCCCUCCACCCAAAGAAACAAAAUGCAUACCUCAUCCGCCCCAGAUUCUUCGUUUUUUUGGAAACGAAGCAAUUAUUCGUGGCUAGAUCCCUGGUCCCGUUGCUCUGUGUAACCAUUGUGGUCAACGUAGACGGCGAAGAGAAUGGAUGUCCACAAGUUCCUUCCGUAGUAUACUUUCGAUGCACGGUGCGCGAUGUGUCAGCUCUCGGCAGUGGUGCUCCCGCUGAGAACGAGCUUGAAAGUUUGUUUCGCGUGAAAAUAUGGAGUAUGGGCUGUCACAUCGACAGUGUUUGUCUCUAUGCCUCUUUUUUCUUUUUUUUGUCUGUACUUUGGAAAAAAUAUCGCUUGUGUACGUUGGCUUCAACAAAGGAAGAAGUGUAGUACAUACUUCUGUCUGUUCAUACUGAAUAUUGUUAACCAAGAAUGUCACUUUCAGUCUGUGCAAACUGUGAAAAGAAAAAAAAAAUAAGCGAGCGGCCGCUCAUGUUGCCCAGUAUUUUUACUUUUUUUUUUUUUAAUGGCUCCCAGGCAAUGUCAGAUUCCUGUACAGCCUCCUCUAUUUGGUCCACGCUAAACGUGGCGUGUGUGUAUGUGUGUACAAACAGAAUGAAUGACUGCGCAACACGUUGUUUGAUUAAAAUGUUUAUUGUUUGCUAAAAGAA